UAAAAACCCAUCCAUCCAGGGCAUAGUCUGAUACCUUGGCCUUGGAACCCAAGGCCAUUGUUGCGCUGAUUAGGCAGUUCCUCCAGCAGGAUCUAAGAUCUAGCUCUGUGUCAUCGUCGUAAUCUGCCCCUUUCCUUCUGUGGGAUUAUCAUCGCUAUGAAGCAGGACACUCUGUGACCAUCCACUGCUUUCUGCAGGCCUUUUUAAAGGUUUUUGAUUCUGGCUGUAAAUUGGUGAGAGACCAAGAGCCAAAAUGUUGAACCAGAGUGCUGUGAUGAUCUUUACUGGGAUUUGUGGGGCGCUGGUGGUCAUGGCCAUGGCCUACUACGUCUACUGGACCGUAGUAUUGGCUGAAGGACCGUGUAAGCGCGGCUUGUAAAAGCAUCCCACCGUGGUUGGUCGUAGUGUAUAGAGAGGAGCCUGCUCUGCUCUCGAGGCUCCUCAGCCAUGGCUCUCCUGGCUUACCUGAAGAGCCUGUUCAUCCUGCAGCUGCUGAUGGGCUUUGUGUUCGUGGUCAGUGGCCUCAUCAUAAACUUCAUCCAGCUCUGCACCUGCAUCCUGUGGCCGAUCAACAAGCAACUGUACCGCAGAAUCAACUGCAGGCUCUCCUACUCUUUAUGGAGCCAGCUGGUGAUGCUGCUUGAGUGGUGGUCGGGCACAGACUGCGUUCUAUACACCGACCAGGCCACGGUGGACAAGUUCGGCAAAGAGCACGUUAUCAUCAUCCUCAACCACAACUAUGAGAUCGACUUCCUCUGUGGCUGGACCAUGUGUGAAAGAUUUGGUGUCUUAGGGAGUUCAAAGGUGCUAGCCAAACAUGAGCUACUGAAGGUCCCUCUGAUUGGCUGGACCUGGUACUUUCUAGAAAUAGUCUUCUGCAAGAGAAAGUGGGAGGAGGACAGAAAGACUGUGUUCAAAGGCCUGGGCAGACUCAAAGACUAUCCUGAAUAUAUGUGGUUCCUCCUUUACUGCGAGGGCACCCGCUUUACAGAGAAGAAGCAUCAGAUCAGUAUGCAGGUGGCAGAGAGUAAAGGCCUGCCCAAGCUCAAAUACCACCUCCUACCCCGAACCAAAGGAUUCACCACCACGCUGCAGUGUCUGAAGGGCACAGUCACCGCUGUUUAUGACGUAACUCUGAACUUUAAAGACAACCAAACUCCCACUCUCCUGGGCAUCGUCAACGGGAAGAAGUACAAAGCCGACAUGAGUGUAAGGCGUUUUCCUGUGGAGGACAUACCAGACGAUGAGCAAGAGUGUGCCAACUGGCUGCACAAGCUUUACCAGGAGAAGGAUGCCUUACAGGAAAUCUACCACAAGGAAGGCAAGUUCCCCGGUCCCACCAUAAUCCCGCGCCGCCGACUAUGGACGCUACUAAACUUCCUGUUCUGGGCCACCCUGCUGCUCUCACCUCUCAUCAAAUUUGCUUGUGGAGUGGUGGUGAGCGGUUCGCCCCUCCUCAUAAUCGGCUUUAUUAUCUUCCUCAUCAUAGCCUCUAUAGCAAUCCGCCGCCUCAUAGGGGUCACCGAGGUCAAGAAAACAGGCUCCAGUUAUGGUGACCAAGAGGCCAAGAAACAAAACUAAAGAGUGUCAUCCCUUCCGUGUCCAGUGGUGUUCAGGCGGCGGCCCUGCGGCGUCUCACCCUGACCCAACUCCAUUCUUCUCCUACUGUCGAGUCGGUUGGUAGGCCGGGAGGAGACCAGCUGUGAAACUAGAAUAGACAUCAGAGUUAGAAAUACCAAUGGCACUAGAGUGAGAGAGGGUGUGGACGCUCUGUGGUUCCAGCUCUCUGUUAGAACACAGAACAUAAGAAAGGGGAGAUGCGCACCUGUGUUCCCCUGCAUCUUUCCUAAUCCAGCAACCCCCCCCCCCCCCCAUUCCAUUAACUCCCAGCUAAGCUCCUAACCAAUCAGAGAUCACAUGGACACAGCCAUUUUGACUCUCCUGUUUCCCACCUCGCUCUACCUUCUGUACCCCCACUCCUUGUCGCCGUCAUCAGCCAAUCAGGGAGUGGCGCGUUUGUGUAGCCUCCAAAAACACGAGCCUGAUCCGUAUCUGAUCUUUUUAAUUCAGAACCUCCAUCCAGGGGUAGUCCGUCUCUGCUACAGCGGUCUGAAACAGUAUGUCUCCCUCCCUUUUUUUCACAAAGUGGGACUUGUAAUGGGAACCGGUGCCUUGAGGCCCAGCCUGGUUUCCUUCGUAUUAAAGGGUUAGUUCACCCAAAUCACAGAAAUUACCUCUCGACCUUGAGGUACCUAGCUACGGAGAUAACUCUGGCUUUUUGUCUCAGGUCUCUGACUGAAACUUCAUCCACAGCGCUUAAAUCAUUAUAAAAUUGCAGCAUUUUUCCAUUGGCACUUAUCAAAAGAGCCAGCGUGUCAGAUUUUCGAGGACCAUGUUUGUACAUGAGCUCAGAACAGACUCUGUGGUGGCAUCUAGUGGUGAGGUACAGUACUGUCAGAGGUAAUAUCCCUGAUGUGAACCACCUGAUGUUUUUUUUUUUUGAAGCAGCCUCUGCACAAAGUGGUGCAACCUGCAGCUUGUCCACUAGAUGUCACUAUGGAACAGCUGCUGACUGAAUCCCCUUUAUGUUUCCUGUGGUUUUGGAGAACACUGGAAAGCUGCCCUGCUGUUCCCUCGCCUCCAUUGUUGCUAUUUAACAGUCUAAGUGUAGAAGAGCAGACAUCUAACCCUAAAGCCCCGUGUAUGCCUCAGUUAGGUACCUCCAGUGAGUGUUUUCCGCCCGUCAUUUGGGUGAACUGACCCUUCCAACAUCUUAGCACGGAGAGGCUGGUGUCUAUUAAACUAUAGCAAGGGCUCUGUGUGUGCAAACUGUCCUUAUCAAGGAUACCCGUCAUCUGUUACAGGUCUCAUUCCUCACAAGAUCCAACACAUUUCUGUCCCUUUCAUUUCCUGCGUCCAUUACUUUCACUUCGCUUUUUACACAAGGAGGAAUUAGCGAGUUGACUUUCAUCGAUACGUCUGACUCAGUGUUUGUUUGGUUUUUUUGUUUUUUUUUAGCCAGCAGUCCCACUCUAGACACCUCAAUAAAGCCCCUCCAAUACCAGUCCUGAACGUUGAAAUGCAGUGAUAUAUCAUAGCGUCACGGCUGUUGGUGUUUUCCGUUGCUGUCCACAUACAGACUGUUGUAGUUAUGUUGGAAAGUUUGCCUUAAAUCAAGCUUGCGUGGGCAGGAGAUUGCUUCUUCGCCAGCCCUUUAAAAACAGCACCCACCUCUUUACCUCCACCCUUGGCGUGUAUCCUCUUCCUCCACUUGCAUCACUUCAUAGUGGGGUAGUGCACAUUCAUUUGGUGUGAUUACCAAACUGAAUGAAUGAUUAAAUUUUUUUUUUUUUUUUAAAUCUGUAAAGAGGAGAAUUAGGAGAUUGUUGGUUUUUAAGUAUCUGUGUAAAUGUACAUUGUUAGAUAAAAGCCGCCAUGUGCAGCGUGGCUUUUUUUCAUGUUUUUCUGUUGCUUUAUGUCACAGCGGCAACACCGAGGUAUUGUUAGUGCACAUGCAGUUCCAUAACAUUUCACCGUCAGAGUUUGUGGUUUGAACCGUUGGCUGCUGCAGUAAAUGAGUGGAGUUCUUCCGCGCUACAUGCAUAUCCUGGUCCAAGAUGCAAAGUUCAUGGUAGCAAGAGCCGGAGGGGAUGUUUGUGUUGUGGUCUGCCCCCUCUAAACCCCACCCCUCCUGUGCCACAUGUAGGAAUCAUUACCGCGUGUUGUUUAUUCUUUUUUUGCAUUUCCCUCUUUUCUGUAGUUAUCUCAACCCAGACAGAUGUCAUGCAAGCCUUAAUAGACAGUGCUGCUUAAUUUUUGUGUGAAAAUGUAGAAGCUAACUGAGCCCUGUGGUAGUCGACGACUGAAACACGACCGACGUCCAGGAUGGGAAACGAGGUUCAGGGAUUGCACGCCCGUUUAUCUUGCUGUGAAGUAAAAAUAACAAGAAUUAAUGAGACUGUUCAUAAUCCAACACAUUGAGUUGCUUUACCUAUUGUAUUUAUAAAAGCUGUAGGAUCUGGGUCUCUCUCUUUUUUUUUUUUAAUAUAAAGAGAUUUCUUUUCAUUGAUCCUCACAUGGUAAUUCUUUUACCAGCUCAUUCUGAUAGACCGCUGAGAAGAAGUACAGGGGGGAUACACUGGAUGUGGUUUUAUUCAGUAAAAUAAUGCAAAGAAUUGUGGUUGUGCUUUUUCUUUGUAAACUUUAUUGAAUGAAGUUAAAAUUGACACAACUGACUUUUUAAAUCAUACAAAUAAUUCAGUUAGUGGCACCUCUUGCAUUAGCUUUUGUUUUGUUUUCUAAGGCUAUUUUUAUGUUUUCUCCAGUUAAAACACUUGAUAAUAUUAAAGGAUUUAAUGACAAAUUAACUCUUAUUGUUUUGACUUAUUCGGGAUUGGUGCACGUUUCUCUGUGCGUGCAGCUGUUUAUGGAAAUGUCAAUGUAGCUCAAUGUGAUACCAGGGGAAAGAAUAGCAACAUUCACACAUUAAAAACAAAA